AUGCCCGAUCACGACAAGUAUCAGUUGCGUCCGCGCGCCGCGCGCUCCCGUGAGCCGCGGGCGCGUCGUUCGGCACAACCUCUUAGCAAGUAUAGAAGAAAAACGGCAAACGCACGCGAAAGAAGCCGCAUGCGUGAGAUAAACCGCGCCUUCGAGACCCUCCGGCGAGCAGUUCCCGCCGCGGAAAUUACGGGAAACCCUGUGCCUUGUGAAAAACUUACGAAAAUCACAACUUUGAGGCUGGCCAUGCGCUACAUCACGGCGCUUUCGACAGCUCUACGUGAUCCUGACGCACAACCAGAACGAUGGUCUUCCCCCUUUUGCUCGGAUUUAUCAGAAUUCUCAACGGAACAGGAGACGACCUCAGAGUUUACUGAAGACUCGUUAUCUCCCUUCGAUUCGUUCUUCGCUGAGUUUGAUUAUGAAUAUAAUAUGGACAGGACAUUCACGUGA